AUGGAGCCAAAUGCUAAAAGGCAAAAACUUCGUCAAACAACUCUGUUAUUUAAACCAGCCAGUGCUAGUUCAACCAGGUAUAAAGAAUAUAAUUUAUGUGCUUUGAUAUUUUUGUUCUGUGACUUUCCGACUUUGCAAGUUGAAGUUUUAUUUGCUAAAUAGUAUUAAAUAAAUAUCAUGCUGAAGUGACUGUAAAGUGAACCAGGAUUAUAAAUUAAAUAUAAAUAAAAUAAGAUCAUCUGCUACUGCUAGUGCUGGACAUUGAUAUUAUAUGAGUAUUUCUGUACAUGUAAUUGCUUUGUUCUGAAAAUUGUUAUAAAUGAAUUAACAUUUUAAUUUUAUAUCAUAUAUGUAAUAUAUAUUGUAAAUACAGGUAAAUGGUAACGCAGCUUCGCAGCAAACUAACUAAGGCUAUAAUCUAAUAAUCCCUAUAUAUUAUAAACCAACAUAUUCACAUGUGUGUAUUUGCUGCACUGCAAACUACCUUGAUUAGAGUUUGGAUUCUUGAUUAAUAAAUUUUCCAAUGUUUAUUUUAGUAUUAAUUCUUUCACAUUUAUGACUUAUGUAUGGUUUAAAGUUAAUAACUAAGUAACAUAUUUUGGUUCUCCCUUUACAAAAUUAUCAACAUGGUAUAAAUAAUAAAUAGCCAUUGAAAAUUCAUGCUGAUACACGCAUGACACAUUGAAAUGUUCUUUUGCCUUAUUGGUGUAGUGUUGAACCUGAAAGUUCUAUUCCUCCUGAACCUUUACCACCAGUUAAUGAAAGCAGUCUGACUUUUGAUUCUCCAAACAAGGAACAACAUACCUCACCUGUUAAUGAUAUCAAUGACCCUGCCAAUUAUAUUUCCAAAAAGCUUUCUGAUGAUGACAAGUUAUCUUUUCUGAAAUCAAAAUCUGACUUGCCCCAUAACUUUGAAUGUCCUGUUACAGCUGGUAGGAAAUUCAAAUCAUCUUGGAUGCAACAGAGGCCAUGGUUGAGGUAUAGUAUUACAAAGGACAGAGCAUUUUGUGCAUAUUGUAUAUGCUUUGGAGGAAAGAAGAACAUUCCAGGGAAUACCUCAUGUUCUUCAAAUUUGUCCCCAUUCGUGUCAUGUGGAUUUAGCAACUGGAAAAAAGCAACUGGAAAAGAUAACUACAUUGAUCAACACAUGUUAAGUGAAGCCCAUCAGACUGCAGAAGAAAUGGCCCAUUGUUUUCUUGCCACGUGUCAGCCAGGUAAAGAUAUUGUAGCGAAACUAUCUAAGCUUUUGUCAGAGCAACAAAUCCGUACAAAAAAGGGAUUAUUAUCUAUCAUCGAUGUCAUCAUCAAAUUGGCAAUGCGAGGAGCACCCUUAAGAGGUAACUGGGUUAAGAAAACUGGUGAAGAAAACGGAAACUUUAUUUUCUUUGUGAACUGGAAAUCAGAAUUUGACAAGGACCUGAAAGACCAUUUGGAACAUGCUCCAAAAAAUGCAAAGUUCACUUCGCCCCGCAUCCAAAACGAAAUUAUUUCACUGUGCGAGUCCAUAAUACGAGAGAGAGUAAUUGCCACGGUUCAAACAUAUUGGAGUGUAAUGGCCGAUGAAACAACGGAUGUUUCUGCAAUGGAACAAAUGAGUAUAUGCAUACGGUUUGUGAAUAGCAAUAUGGAAGUUUGUGAAGAGUUCUUGGGCUUUGUAAAAUUGACAAAGAUGGAUGCGCAGUCUGUUUUUGAUGUUUUGAUUCCAACCUUAAAAGGAUGGGGACUAGAUUUGACAGGACUUGUUGGACAAGGAUAUGAUGGAGCGGCCGUGAUGAGUGGAAGCAAUAAUGGUUUGCAGAAAAAAGUGUUUGAUGCUUACCCAAAUGCUGUUUAUGUACAUUGCCGUUCUCAUGUUCUCAAUCUAGCACUUGCAGGCGCUUGCACGGGUAUUGAUGGUGUUCGGGAUUUGUUUGACAAUGUAGCCAAGAUCACAAGUUUUUUGGGAGAUGGUGCUAAAAGAAAGGAAAUGUUUAAACAGAAUGCAGCGACUGAGGCCAAUGACGAAUUAACAGCCUUAUUAAAAGAGAGUGGUAAUGAUGACAACGAGGAGGAGGAGGAUGAAGAUGAAAACGACGACGAUCAUGGCCUUCAUAAGUCAAAUAAGGCAAUCUUAAGAGGAGCAAAGAAGAAAACCGUUCCAAAGCUUUGUCCCACCAGAUGGAGUUCAAGGGUGGAAACCCUAUUUGCCUUGAUGGCCAAGUAUUCGUCGGUCAUGGAAUCACUUGAGCAAAUCGCAGCCCAAAGCAAAGGGGAGCCGAGGCACAAUGCCCAAUCAUACAUUCGCCUAAUGAAAACUCCACAGUUUAUCGUAGCACUUGUUGUGGUUCAGUUCAUUCUGAGUUUUACAGCAGCAGUCACCAAAAUACUGCAGGCAAAAGAAUGCAAUCUUGGUGAUGCAUAUGAAGAAGUAAACGGAGCAAAAGAAUGCAUAAGAGCUUCGCGCGCAGAUGAUUCCCGGAUUAAACUGUGGGGAAAAAUUCAGUCGAUA